AGAGGGGGAGGAGCAGAGAUCUGUUUCUGUUCAGAGGAAGUGAAUCUGUUCUUCAGUCUCUGGCAGCAGCUGAAAUGGAGCAGCAAGAAGUUCACCUGGACAGAGAAAGAUUCUGGUGCUCGAUCUGUCUGGAUCUACUGAAGGAUCCGGUGACUACUGGCUGUGGACACAGCUUCUGUAAGAGAUGUAUUAACACCCACUGGGACAAAGGGGAGGGGAGAGGAAGCUACAGCUGUCCUCAGUGUAGAGAGACCUUCACACCGAGGCCUGUCCUGGAGAAAAACACCAUGUUAGCUGAUUUAGUGGAGGAGCUGAAGAAGACUGGACUCCAAGCUGCUCCUGCUGAUCACUGCUAUGCUGGACCUGGAGAUGUGGCCUGUGAUGUCUGCACUGGGAGAAAACGGAAAUCUCUCAAGUCCUGUUUGGUUUGUUUGGCCUCUUAUUGUGAAAAACACCUCCAGCCUCAUCUUCAGUCAGCUCCAUUUAAGAAGCACAAGCUGGUGGAGCCCUCGGAGAAGCUCCAGGAGAACAUCUGCUCUCGUCACGACGAGGUGAUGAAGAUGUUCUGCCGCACUGAUCAGCAGUGUAUCUGUUAUCUCUGCUCUGUGGAGGAACAUAAAGACCACGACACAGUGUCAGCUGCAGCAGAAAGGACUGAGAGGCAGAGAGAGCUCGGGCUGAGGAGACAAACCAUCCAGCAGAGAGUCCAGGACACAGAGAAAGACGUGAAGCUGCUUCAACAGGAGGAGAAGGCCAUCAAUGGCUCUGCUGAUAAAGCAGUGGAGGACAGUGAGGAGAUCUUCACUGAGAUGAUCCGUCUGCUGGAGAAAAGAAGCUCUGAUGUGAAGCAGCAGAUCAGAUCCCAGCAGGAAACUGAAGUGAGUCGAGUCAGAGAGCUUCAGGAGAGACUGGAGCAGGAGAUCACUGAGCUGAAGAGGAAAGACCAGGAACUGAAGCAGCUCUCAGACACAGAGGAUCACAACCAGUUUCUACACAACUACCCCUCACUGUCACCACUCAGUGGAUCUACACACUCAUCCAGCAUCAGGAUCCGUCCUCUUAGGAACUUUGAGGACGUGACAGCAACUGUGUCCCAGGUCAGAGGUCGACUACAGGACAUUCUGAGUGAGACAGAGACAGAGAUUUUACAGAUUGUGUCUCAAGUGGAUGUUUUACUGCCACAACCAGAGCCAGAGACCAGAGCUGACUUCUUAAGAUAUUCAAAGAAAAUCAAACUGGAUCCAAACACAGUAAACAAACAUCUGUUAUUAUCUGAGGGAAACAGAAAAGUUACAUUAAUGAGUGAAGAUCAGUCUUAUUCUGAUCACCCAGACAGAUUCACUGAUAGGCCUCAGGUCCUGAGUAGAGAGAGUCUGACUGGACGUUGUUACUGGGAGGUGAAGAUGAGGAGAGGAGGAGGAGUUGGUGUAGCAGUCUCAUACAAGAACAUCAGCAGAGCAGGAGACUCACUUCAAUGUAUAUUUGGAUCAAAUGAUAAAUCUUGGUCAUUAUAUUGUCAUGGAAUCAGUUAUUACUUUUAUUAUAACAGCAUCCAUACUCGAGUGUCAGGUCCUUGGUCCUCCAGAGUAGGAGUGUACCUGGAUCACAGAGCAGGUGUUCUGUCCUUCUACAGCGUCUCUGGCUCCAUGACUCUCCUCCACAGAGUCCAGACCACAUUCACUCAGCCUCUCUAUGCUGGAGUUACGGUUUAUUAUCCUGGAGACACAGCUAAGUUUUAUAAACUCAAAUAGACUCGAGUCAAACACUGACCUUCCUUUAUCACACAUAUUCAGUUCUCACUUUGUAAAGACAGAAAUCUAUAAUUACACUGACAUGAAUGUGUUUGAAAGAUGUAAUGAUGCUGUGUUUUUCUAAAUCAAAGUAGAAAUCAUGUUUUGUGAUGUUUUAGAACCUGUGUUGAUCCUGAUCCUCAUCUAUGAGCUGAUUGUUUGUUCUUUUCCACGUGUGAGACGGAGGUGAAACAAACUGAUUGUGUGUCCAUGAACUCACUGAACAGACUUUACUGGUCCAAUCAGUUCAUUUUGAGUCUGAGUGAAAAUUUGUGACAAAUUUGAAGAAAGUCCCCGAGGCGGUCUUCACAAGAAUAUGAUGCACAGACGGACAAACUGAAGACAUACUUCCACUGGCCACUAGGUGUCUCCCCCGGGGGAGAACAUGUAGUGGCAUCAUUGUCGGAGGAGAAAAAACCUGCUGCUCCAAAUUCAUCAUAAAACAUACCUUUAAAAACUUGAGAGCUUUUUUUUAUUGUUUUGAUUUGUUUUUAUUACGUGUUAAUGUCAUCAGAGGAAAAAUACACAUGUAACUUAACUCUGUUUUUAAAAUAAUAAAACCUCAAUCGUCAA